AUGUGUGCUCGUGUAACCGACCGCGCCAUCACGAAGGAUGAGAAAGAUGAGCUGACCCCAUUUGCGCCAACCGGACCUUCAACGAAGGCAGAUGUCCCUGAAUACGACAGCUCAAACACUUCGGAUUGCGAUGUCAACGUGCCCGUGCCUGUAGGAUAUACAGCACGAACGGCGACCGUUAACGCACGAAAUUUCGUGGAGCUCAAUUCAGAGUCUCCGUUCCCCAUUGAAGGAGACGCCGUUCCAGGAGCUGGGAUGGAGGGAAGGCCGACGGAUUCGGAGAGAAAAUCGCCUAUACUCAGUGCUUUGAAGACGGUGGGCCCCAUCGAGGAUCCCCCGGUGUUCCAUACUGGCCUCCAUACAUCCUGGCUUGUCGCUAAGAACAGGAACAAUUUCAUUCCUCAGAGCCAACGAUGGACCCACCGAAUGACACCAAGUGAAGACUUGUGGAGACCGGCACCGGCUGUGGAAGUGAAAAUCUCCAAGCCUCACGGCGUGGCGCAGAGGCACGAUCGGGUCAAGGGGGAGGUCGUCGGCGCUCAGAGACUUGGUGCCAAUGAGACAAGAGCCGGCGACAAAGCAAACGGGCAGGAGAAUACCAUGGCGAAUAUCCUCUCAGGUAUACAAUCCGGCGCAGACAAGGUCCACAGGCUGUCGUUCCUGCCUUUACUGAGGCGCUUGAACUCGGAGCGCCAAUCUCAAGCUUCGAAAUCCUCCUCGGACAAAGAGAACGUUCCUCGCAAAUGGCGAAGCCAAGUUACCAACAAGUUGGUUAUCCGUCAACCCGCUCUCUUCAUGGACCUUUCCCAUCCCAAAUCCCAGGCGAACGUGAAGUGCAUUCCGACGGACAUCUGGCGCCCUGCCCCGCCGGCGCCCCAUGUCCGAAUUGCCUCGUCUCCGUCGAUGCCAUACCAGCAGCCUCUGGCCGACUUGGAUGGAACAGGAAGUUCGUGCGUUCGAAUUACCAGCAGAACAGUGCCAGGAGGAGACGAUUCACCGUGCGAUACCCGUCCUCCAAAAUCGCUCUUCUCGUCGUAA